AUGCCGACCUACUUCAAGUUCACACAGGGCACCGAGUCGCGCGUCCGUCCCAACGACUCGUCGCCGCUCCUGGGUCGAUUCCGCGCCGUGCCACCCCGGGACCAGCAGUUCGCGGCCAGCCAGGUCAAUCGCCUUGACGUCGCCGGAGGGCGCGGGAGUGUGCAUGUGGGAUAUGGCGCGCUGGUGAUUGCUGGUUUGGAGGGCCACCAGGAGGACGACGAGGACGACGAUGUUAGCACCGAGGACCUCGACGGCAUCCCCAGGCUGGAGCGGCUUUGGCAGCGUUGGGUCGUGGAUCUGUGGGUGCAUCCGCGACAGGCAGCUGUGAAGAAAAUUGCAGAAAAGUGGUAUACUCGCUAUGGGCUCUUGGUGUUUUUGCCCGCCGUACUGACUGUUGGGUGGUGUUCGCUGCCAUUUCCGCAGUAUCCGUUACCUCCCGGCCAAGUCGAUCAAAACCCCUCGGACGUACACAACAAAGCUCCCGGUCACGGAAAUGCCCGAGUGCAGGUCAACUUUUGGUUCUUCAUAUUCGUCUACUACGGGCUCUACAGCCUGACGGCGCUGAUAUGGAUAACCAAAGUGUUCAACCUCUACAGCUUGAACUGGUGGCCACAAUCUCUCGGGUUCCCUCUCACAUUUACUCUUAUUGCUAUCCUAUCUGUGACGGUUCCCAUACCCAUCUAUUACUAUGACCAAACGAGGUUUCUAACUGUGCAUAACACCUCUUGGAUCUCGUGGACUUUUAUCAUCAUGGCUCUGCCGGUCACUAUCGCAGUCCUAAUCCUGCGGAAUAACGAACGCCAUCUCGGUCUGCGAAACUCACUGUCAGAGACUCAGCGGAUAUUCACCGCCUCCUGGUGGACAAAUGAUGUGGAUACCCUCUCUAGAAGAGAGCGUCGACGGGGCAAUAGGUCGACAGAUCCAUUCGGUGGAGAUGACGUGCGAGUAUCGAGGGGUUCAAGGUUACGUAGCUUUAGGCAGCGAUGGUUACCGGCAAGCUUCGUCAGAUUUAUUUGGUUCUGCGUUGCUCUCUAUAUCGGACUGAUGGCAUAUGUCUUGGGAGAAGCAUACGCCGAAAUCUAUCUGAGAACCUUGCCCCACGAUAGUUUCGAGACUCUCAUUUACGUCUACGGCUGGGUUGUGACCGUUCACCUCCUGGACGCCCUGACAGGGUUCGUUCUCGGUAUACGUGAAGGCGAGCGGGUUGGAAGCUACCCUCUGAGCUGGGUAUUCAAGCUGUACUUCAUGCUGACAUAUCAGACAUAUGUCAGGGCUCUAUACGCCCGACUUCGCUCGCCAGGCCAGUUCAUCAUGCUGCAGAUCUUUUCGUCUACAGGGCUUGUUGUCAUUACUCCGAUCAUGAUGACGACCGUCUUCCACAAAAUCCUGACCAUCCUUGGUCUGUCGACGCUGAGUUAUGGGACCUACCAGAAGCUGCAGACACGCAAUGUCUUUAUCCGUUUUCUUGCCGAGAACGCCUCCAUGGCGUGCUUCCUCGGCAGCAUCCUUGUCCUUCACUAUGGAGCAAACAAGGACGUAUACCCUUAUUUUGCGUUUGAUGAUGAAUCAGAGGACUACGAUUUCGAUCGUACCUUUUACCUGUCCACAGUCACCUGGGGCUGUGAGCUGAUCGCGAGCUUGGUGGUUAGAGGCCUCAUCAGGGUCAUCUUCGGGGUCGACGUCGGGCUCGAGGGCAAGAUGGACCUCGCGGUCUGGCCCGAGCUGCUGCCGACCUGCGUGGUCGUGAUCCUCCACGUUUUGCAGAACAUGUUGUUUUCCAUCAUUCGAUUGCAGUUCCGAGCAUAA